AUGCGUAAAGCCAUAGCUAUGGCACCUGCGCAUCUUUUUAUGGUAGCUUCAUUGCCUGUCAAACGAAAGCGACUAUCUCAAGAAGUGUUCUUGGGGUGUUGUUGGCUUCUAGGGCUAGCAAUUCCGCUGUAUUUUGCAGGCCAAUUUUCAUUUAUGGUCAAUAUGAUCCUGUCCGUAUGGGCUUGGGCAACAGGGAUGAAAAUGGGAGUCUGGCUCUUUUCAUUAUCAAUGGACGAACGUAGACAACGAAAGAGUUUUGCUAGCACCUUAUUCUCCUGGCGUCAACGACCACCUAACCAAGCCGAACCACCUUCAACACCCGAAUGGAGAGAUAUCCCACUCCAACCAUUCCUCUGGCGAUACCUAACAUGUCAGAUUGUAUUCGACAGCCUGGCAGUAUUUUUUCAACAUGUCGAUUCACAACGUCCAGUACGAGUGCUAGCUCAGCUAAUCCAUUGGUGGGACAGAUCGUACGUCCCAACUGAAUCAUUCGCAUCCAUAAUGAUGAGCUUUGGAUUCUGCAUUCUAUUCUGCGUAUAUCUCCAACUUCAACUACAGGUUACAUACGAUGCCUUCGUUUUGUGUUACUGUGCGCUAUAUCAAGUUCUACCCUGGAUAGACCAAAGAAUGCAGAGCUCAGCAAAAAAACCAAUGUCAUUAGGCGCAAUCAAAGCAAGAGCCCAACGAAUGAUGUGGAUGCGAGAUCUCAAACAUUAUCUUGAGAGUACAUUGACGAUGCCACCUUUGUUCGACUCCCCCUGGCAGACAGACAGUCUGCGUGACUUUUGGUCUAGACGCUGGCACACCAUUUACAACGACUGUUUUUAUAGACUAGGCUACAAACCUACACGACAGUUGAUGAUAUCCAUGGGCAUACGAGGUGUGGCAUGUAGACUGGUACCUGCCUUGGCCGUUUUUGCCUUAUCAGGGAUGAUGCACGAGUACUUUUUAUAUUGCUCUACAGGCCCUCGCCUUUACUAUUCGCAUUGGGUGGGCGGCCUGCAGUGUCUGUUUUUCGCUUGUCAGACGCUUGGGAUCGCGAUUGGAGAUAGACUGAUCAAAAAGGGUUGGGCUGGAUGGGUCUGGGCAGUUUUUUAUAUGGUGAUGACAUCGCACUUGUUCGUCGUUCCUUAUAUUCUAACUGGCUACAUGUACAUGGACAAACUUAGCUUUGCACCUUUAUUCGAAAAAGCAGUUCUUGCUGGCAAGACUGUUUGGAGCAUGCCUUUGAUUUGA